AUGUCAAGGAUAUCUGCACGAUUUAGUUUCCUCUACUUGUUAGAAAUCCUCAUAUGGAAUAUCCAAAAUAUUGAAUCAACACCCACUAUUGCUAGAAGUAGAACCCAAUAUCUACCUAAAUUGGCCGAAGACUUGAAGUCUGGAAAUUCAAUGUCUGGUUCAUCAACAAUUCAACGCAUCAGUCUGGAUAUGAAAGGAAAAGGUGUCAUGCCGGAUAUAUCAGAUUUAACAGCCGCUAGCACAUUCCGAACAAUGCCACCAUCACCCGUCUCUGCGCACAUCAGUCAGAUGAACAGAAAGCUGAGCCCUAAACCUCCCAAGAUCCCCAACAAGAGGUCCAGCGGUACUAAAGUAAACGCCAAGUCGAAUUUGGGAGAAGCUCGCAGGGCUAGCUCUAACAAAGAGGUUGAAGAAGCUUCCCGAAAAUGGGAAAUGGAUUUCAGAACAUCAAUCACUUCAUGGUACCAUGGUUCAUCACUUGGGGAGAGGGAUUAUGCUACAACGAGAGGAAUUCGGCAGUCACAGCUGUCCAAGCAGUUAGAAGAUGCGGUCCCAGGCAUUGAAGCGCGGAAAGCUAUUCAGGCUUACAGCUAUUCAACUAUUACCGACUUGCGUCCUUUGGAGCCAAUUUUCAAGUUUCUAUUGCAGCCAGAAGGAUCCACUAAGAGCAAGCUCGAUGGUAUCGAGCUUCUCAGCUUACUAGUAUCCCACACUGAACUUUCCAUGCGAUACACACGAACCAAGUUGAACGUAGGUAUCGAGAUGGCCGAUAAAUGUUUACAAUUUCAAAACUUAUUUUUGAGGAUUACUAAUCUAUAUCAUGAUAAUAAAGAAAUAUAUCAACAUGCUGCAUUAGCUCAUACAAUUCUAACAAGGACAUUGAAUCGAUUCUGGAGAUACACUUAUCCCGAUUUAAUGAAGAUUGCUGAUCUGGGUACUGACUGGAGCUCAGCAUCCCGCGCUGAUAUUUCUCGAUUAAAAUCAAUGGAUGUAAAAAGCAACAGAGCCAGACGUAAGAUUGACCGUUAUAAUCUGGUGAUCAGGGUGUCAUUUGCAAAAAUUGAGGGUGGCUUAAAAUUAAGAAGGGAUCCAGCAAUCCUCUCAACUGAUCUGAGCGCCCUAAAACCUUUGAUAGAGAUACUUACAAAAGAAGAAGGGAAUACGAAUUCGCGUGUAGAGAUAGCCACUUUGAUCGCAUACCUGGCAGAAGAUACUAUGGACCUUACAUUGACUAUCAAAAAUCCAGAACAAAUUAAAAGGUUACGAGAAAGAUUACAAAGUUUUCGGGCAUUGCUUGAACCUUUUUCAUUGCCUCAAAAUAGUUAUCUUCAGGGGUAUCAAAAGAUAGUAAGCUCAACUUAUGACCGUCUUGAAAAAAGAAUUGGAAAAACAUGGGCUACUGGGAAUGUCAAAGCCUCCAGGUGA